CACAAACUUCCACCUCAAUCACACAAAAUGUCCGACGUAUCAGUCCAACUCACAGCGCCCAACGGCCACACUUGGACCCAGCCCACGGGCCUGUUCAUCAACAACCAAUGGGUCAAGUCGUCGAAUGGCGAGAAGAUUGCAACCAUCAACCCCACAACCGCAAGGGAAAUCACAUCCGUCCACGCAGCCUCAUCUCAAGAUGUCGACACAGCCGUCAAGGCCGCUCGCGCAGCUCUCAACAACCCCUGCUGGCGCGACCUGCCCGGUUCCGACCGCGGCAAGCUGAUGAAUCGUUUGGCCCAGCUCAUUGAGGAUAACCGCAAGACCCUUGCAACCAUUGAGACAAUUGACAACGGAAAGCCAUACUCUGUUUCUUUCAAUGAUGAUCUUACUGAGACCGCUGAGACUAUACGCUACUACAGCGGCUAUGCCGAUAAGAUCUUCGGUCAGGUCAUUGAUACCACCCCGGAUAAGUUUGCCUACACCGUUCGGGAACCUGUUGGUGUCUGUGGACAAAUUAUCCCAUGGAACUUCCCUCUGGCAAUGGCAGCCUGGAAACUCGGACCAGCCCUGGCCUGCGGUAACGCCGUGAUCCUGAAGCCAGCCGAGCAGACCCCUCUCUCGAUCCUCUUCCUUGCAAACCUUAUUGUAGAAGCUGGCUUCCCACCCGGUGUCGUGAACAUCGUGAAUGGCCACGGUGCUGUCGCAGGAGCAGCACUCGCCUCGCACACGGAUGUGGACAAGAUCGCUUUCACCGGAAGCACCGCUACAGCCAAGCACAUCAUGAAAAUGGCUAGCGUGAACCUGAAGAACAUUACUCUCGAGACCGGCGGCAAGAGUCCCCUUGUCGUCUUCAAUGACGCCGAUCUCGAGCAGGCGGUUGAAUGGGCCCAUAUCGGUAUCAUGUAUAACCAGGGCCAGAUCUGCACUGCCACCUCACGGAUCCUAGUCCAGGAUGAGAUCUACGAUAAGUUCCUGGAGGCGUUCAAGGCUCAAGUCAAAAAUGUGUCUAAGGUCGGCGAUCCGUUCGAGGAAUCGACUUUCCAGGGUCCCCAGGUGACGCAGGCUCAAUAUGACCGUAUCAUGUCCUAUGUUGAUGUGGGCAAGUCUGAGAAAGCUACCCUUGUUUCUGGUGGAAAGCCGUUUAAGGGCGUUGGUGAUGGCAAGGGAUACUUCGUGGAACCUACCGUGUUCACGGAUGUUUCUCCCAAGAUGCGCAUUUAUCAGGAAGAGGUCUUUGGGCCGUUCGUUGUUAUUGCUCGGUUCAGCACUGAGGAGGAUGCCAUUCAAAUGGCUAAUGACACUACUUAUGGCCUUGGUAGUGCGCUUUUCACUACCAACCUGACUCGUGCUCACCGCGUUGCUAAGAAGAUUGAGGCUGGUAUGGUCUGGAUCAACUCUAGCAAUGAUAGUGAUUGGCGCAUUCCGUUUGGUGGCGUUAAGCAGAGUGGUAUUGGUCGUGAGCUUGGUGAGGCUGGUCUUGAUGCUUAUUCCAGUAUUAAGGCUAUCCAUGUGAAUAUGAAGUCCAAGCUUUAAGGGGACUCAGCAGGACAGCUGGGAUCUGUAUUGUAUAUAUCAAAACAUGCGCUUUGUG